AAUAAUUUAUUGUAAAUCUGCUCAAAAUAACUGUCUUAGUUAGGAUUCCCUAACUUUAAAAAAUAUUAACAUAUGGCAUGUCUUAACUGUGGUCUUAGGAAGAAUCGAUAAAAUCCUAGGAUAAUGCACAAGCUAAUUAUUUGCAAAUUCAUGUUAAGCUCAAAAAUAAAAAAUGUGGUGUAAGGAUAAGGUUGCACAUUUUGAGAGUGUCCUAUUUGAGAUAGCUCUGAAAGAGUUGAUGGGAGGAAUAUAAGAAGAACAACUUCUGUGAGAUUUAAUAUUAGUUUCUCAAGAUUUGGAAUACAAAAAAAGGCAAAACCAUGCAACUCUUGAGGGCAAUAGGAUUCUUCCGUGGAAACAUGUUUCUAUUUAGUGCUGUCAUAGGGGCAGGGAUUUUUGUGUCUCCUAAAGGGGCAUUGGAAUACUCCUCACUGAACAUCCCUGUUUCUCUGAGUAUUUGGGUAGUUUGUGCUGUGCUGAGCAUGAUAAAUGCUCUCUGUCUUGCAGAACUGGGGACAACCUUCCCUGUGAGUGCAGCACCUUAUUACUUCAUGAAACGAUCUCUUGGAUCUUCUGUUGCAUUUCUUAGUCUUUGGAUUAAACUUUUUGCUUAUCCCCUAGGCCUGGGUGCUCAAAGCUUACUAAUAGCAGGUUAUCUAAUCCAACCUUUCUAUGUUGGGUGCCUGGCCCCAGAGCUACCAAAGAAAUGUCUGGCUUUGGCUGUUUUGUGGUCACUUGGAAUUCUUAAUGCUCAAGGGGUGACUACAGUGUUUUGGUUUAAUACUAUCAGCAGUUUGAUAAAGAUGGGUGUUCUUUGUCUCAUUAUUCUAACUGGGAUUGUGCUGUUAGUGAUUGGGAAAAGAGAAAAUGUGUCCAGGUUUGAGAAUGCUUUGGAUGCUGACCUUCCUGAUGCCUCGCAGAUUGUAGAAGCCAUUCUUCAAGUAUUUUAUGCAUACAUGGGAUCAUCACUCCUAGUCAACAUAGCAGGAGAAAUAAAAAAUCCCUCUGAGACGAUUCCCAAAUCUUUGAUUUCUAGUCUGCCUGUUAUAGCUGUGCUUUAUGUAUUGACUAAUGUAUCCUACCUCACAGUUUUGACACCUCAGGAAAUCAUUGCUUCAGAAUCUGUUGCAGUCACAUGGAUGAAUGGAGUAUUCCCUUCCAUGCAAUGGAUCAUUUCUUUGGGGAUCUCAAUUUCAUUACUGAAUACCACUGUCUGUGGAAUACUUACAGCAUCAAGGAAUUUCUAUUCUGCCAGCCAAGAAGGACAGCUGCCUUUCAUUUACGCUAUGCUUAAUGACCACCACUGCCCAGUUGUAGCUGUCACUCAAAUUAUCAUCUUAUCAUCUGUGGCAAUACUAUUUUUGAAUGUAACCUAUACAAUAAAAUAUAUAGGACAAGUAUACACGUUCAUGAAUGCACUAAAUAUAAUGGCUUUACUUAAACUGAGGUACAAGGAGCCAGAUCUACCUAGGCCUUAUAAGGUGUGGUUGCCAUUUGUAUUUGGAACAAUAGCUUUAUCUUUGUUUCUACUCUUCAUGCCAAUUAUUAAGUCUCCAACAUUAGAUCAUCUCUAUGAGGUCAUCAUUUUUUGUGCUGGACUUCCUUGUUACUGGCUUCAUAUUCUCCUUAAAAAACAUGUUGGUGUUUUUGAUAAAAUCACUUGUUAUUUACAAUUACUAUUCAAUGUUUCCCCACUUGAAGAUCAAGAUAAAUCCUUUUCUGCAGAGGAAAACUGACCACAGAAAUUUCUGAAGCUAAUAAAUCUUGACAAGUAAACUUUUUGUGAAUUAAUAUAAUCUUUUAUUUUUAAAUGCAUAUACUUUUAAAGACAGAAGAAAACACAAAGGCACCAAACACAAAAUUAAAUGACACUGAAAUGUUAAAUUCUUUUAUUUUAUAACAAAUUACAUAUCAUUUAUCUAUAUUAAAAUAUAACCUUAAAUGUAUACUAAUCAAUAAGUAUAGAUAUUUAUGGAUAAGAAAAUGAUAACACAUUUAAUCACAGCUUAUGGCAUUUCACCCACUGAUUUCAGUGGUUGAGAAAAAGAAACAUUUAAAUAAAAGGUAUAAAAUAUAAAAAUGUUUAUCAUUCAAGUACUCUUGUACUUUACAUUGAGAACUUAAUUCAAUAUCUUUUUUUGCCAUGGCUUAAUGGGUCAAGAAAUUUAAAGUUUACACAAAUUACACAAUAUUCAAACUGUUUAAAAAGCGUAUGUGUUCUUCAUUUAUUCACUCCACCCCUGUGAAGUCUGAAAAUUAUUCUGUAAAUGAUUUAAUAAAUAAAUCUGUAUAAUUCAUUUA